AUGCCUCCACUUGCACGGACCAAAGAAGAAGAGGAAGACUUCAUGGCUUCUAUACUGAGCGAUGGGCCAGAAAUCAAAGUUGAAGCACCAGCGACCCCAAAACGCCAUCUUUCACGACAUACCGAGUCUUCGUGCAAUCAUCAUUCUCUCUCCACACCAACACGCUCUGCAAAUGUUUUCACAGCUAAAGAUGUCGAUAUCGCCGAGCUGAUGGAGGGUGCUGAAGACUGGGACUGGGACGAUAUGAACUCUGACGUCCUUUCGCCGAGACGUGCUCGUUCGCCGAAGAAGACGCCAUCUGCUAUCCGUGUCGUGGCACCACCGCCAGCGUAUGUGCCUCCUACUCGUACUCGAUGCGUGGUCAAAGGCAUUGAGGAGCGCUUCUCAUCCGGUUACCUGCAAAAGGUUCUUGCCGUCCAAGUAGUGCCGGGAGAUGAACGUCGCUGUGUCAUCCUACAAGAUGAAUGGGUCGACACGGACAUCCGUCCAGGCGAUACUAUCAACGUGCUCGGGGACUUCGCAGCUCCUGCAUCUACGUGCAAAGCCGCGCCGGUACCCACCAUCACGAUCAACGUCCAGACUAACCUCUUCAUACAUCACCCAGACCUGCUCAUCACCGCAACCGCCCUCUCCACUGCGUCGCAAUGUCGUCGCAAGCCUAUCGUAACCAACCUGGUACGAAGCUCGGUAGAUGUGACCCCUUCACUCGUGUGGGGCAACAUUCUCCACGAGGUUAUGCAGGCAUGUCUAUGUGAAGGUCGCUGGGACGGGCCGUGGAUCGAGGCCCAGAUAGACGAGGUGGUGAAGAAGAGCCUAGGAGACUUGAUGCGCGUCAAUAUGAGCAUCGAGCAAGCUGUCAGCGAGAUUAGGCUCCGCGCUCAAGGUCUACGCUCCUUCGCGGAUAAGUACGUGGCGGAGGAACCGAAGCCUGACGCAGUGCUGACGAACACCCGCGCCGCCACCGGCCAGAUAUCGCUUCUGGCUAUUGCCAAGCUUCAUGACAUCGAAGAAGAUAUAUGGUCCCCAACCUACGGGCUCAAGGGAAAGGUUGACGCGUCCGUGCAGGCCAUAAUCCUUGAUACAGAUGAAGGCCCACGCUCCAACCCCUUCACGAAAGCCGCAUCUGCGAGUGCAAAAACACCACAGAGCUGGACGAUGCCCUUCGAGAUCAAGACGGGCCGGGCAGUCGCAGGCAUGGAGCAUCGUGCACAGACAAUGCUCUACACGCUGCUCAUGGCAGAGCGCUACGGCACCGAAGUGCCCAGCGGGCUCCUCUACUAUACACGUAGCGACGAGGUCGUGCGCGUGCCUGCGGUCCGCAAUGAAGUUCGGGCACUACUUGUGGCGCGCAACGAAAUGGCAGCGUACAUGAUGCGAAGGAUGCGGACUGGCGGAGGCAGAGGCGAUGAGAAGGAGCAUGUUCCUGAGGUGGAGGCGUUCCUCCCACCAACCAUCGACGAUGGAUGGCAAUGCGGGAAGUGUUUCGCUUUGGACACAUGCAUGCUCUAUCGCAAGACAGUCGAAAACAUCGUGGAUACUGCCUCCCCUAUCGCAGAUAUCUAUGCCCUGAAGACCUCUCAUAUCACUCCUGAGCAAGGCGCGUUCUUCAAAAAGUGGGAAGCCUUGAUAUCCUUGGAAGAGCAAGACCUCAUUCGUUUCAAAAAAGAGCUAUGGACGAUGGGUGCACAAGAGCGCGAACGCCACGGACGGUGUUUCAGCAACAUGGUGCUCGAUCGGUCGUAUCACUGGCGCCCGGAAGCACAGACUAGCAGCAGGAUACAUGGGCACACGUACCGGUUUAUCAAGGAGUCCCUUACGCAGUCAUCGUUGCUCAACGGGCACAUGAGCUCCGGAGACGCCAUUACCGUCUCAAUUGAACCUGACCUCCUGGCGUUCGCGAAGGGAUUCAUUGUCGAUCUCACUCCACAAGAAGUCAUCGUAGGAGUCGACCAUGAGAUCGACAUGGAUGCCGUUCGGACUAGGACACGGGCGAACCUCUUCGAGGACGUCAUCUUCCGUAUUGACAAGGACGAACUGUUCAGCGGCAUGGGCCGCAUUCGGGACAACCUCGCGCAGCUGUACUAUCCAGGCGGCGACACAAAGAGGCUCGAUCUUGUCGUGGAUUUGAAGCGACCAGAGUUUGACGACAUCGAGCAGCUGACCCUUGACGAAACGGCGGACGCUGCUAUGGGGAAGCUGAAUACCAACCAGCAGAUGGCUGCGGCGAAGGUGCUCACUGCGCAGGACUAUGCUCUCAUCCUCGGCAUGCCUGGGACAGGGAAGACGACGGUCAUCGCAGCCAUUAUCCAGAUGCUCGUCAGCCUAGGAAAGACUGUGCUACUUGCGUCCUAUACGCACUCAGCGGUUGACACCAUUUUACUCAAGCUAAAACACGUCGCCGACUUCAGUAUCUUGCGCGUCGGAAACAUUGACAAGAUACACCCUGAUGUUCAUGAGUUCACCCUUGCCCAUCGUCGCGUGCCGACAACGCUGGAGCAACUAGAGCACCAGGUCAUGGCCCCGCCGGUCGUCGCCACGACCUGCCUGUCUAUUGACCAAAAUGGCCUCGAGGUGUCCCUCUUCCGAAUGCUCUCCGACGCACAUCCUCACGCGGUGGUCGAUCUCAAUGAACAGUAUCGGAUGAAUGCCGACAUCAUGCUUCUCUCAAACAAACUCAUCUACAGUGACAGGCUUCGCUGUGGAUCUGAAGCUGUGGCACAGCGGUCCCUCAAGAUCCCAGACCCCGCGUUUCUGCGCGGCUUGCACUCGACAGCGUCUCCCUGCCAGACUGCGGUAAGCACCUGCUGGUUGGCCCAGUUACUGGACGACAGGUGCAAGGCUGUCUUUGUCGACACUGACGCCGUACCGGCCUACGACUCCCCCGUUGGUGAUCUAGUCGAGAACCGCGUCGAGGCGCGCCUCGUCUACCAGGUCGCCGAAUGCCUGAUUCGCAGUGGAAUCCAACAAGACCAGAUCGGCGUCCUGUCUCUCUACCGUCAACAGAUCAAGCUGCUCUCGCACGUCCUGCAACACCGGAAAGAGGUCGAGAUCCUGACCGCGGACCGGAGUCAAGGCCGUGACAAGGAGUGCAUCAUCAUCUCCAUGGUGCGCUCGAACGAUGAAGGACAGGCAAACUUGAUGAAGGACUGGCGUCGCAUGAACGUCGCGUUCACGCGGGCCCGGUCCAAGCUGAUCAUCUUUGGUUCGCGGAAGACGCUGCAGGGCACGCCGCUGCUCAAGGAGUUCCUAGAGCUCAUGGACGACCACGGCUGGAUCUUGCCCCUUCCGCGGGACGCACAUGAGAUGCACGCAAUAUCCGACUUGACGGAUUCAAGCAUGAAGAAGCGCUCUGCGGACGACAUGGUGGAACCGUUCUCUCCUGACCGCAAAGAGAACACCCCGACUAGGCCAUCGAAGAAGGGGAGGAAGUCGGUUGUUACGGACGAGGCGAUACUGAAGGGACGGUCGCUAUUGAAGGAUCUCAUGAACGAGUCUUCGUAA